AUGGAAGAGAAGGUGCCCUUCCUCGCAAACACGCACGAGGAUAUAAACGCGCCGCCACCCGACGAGACAAUGGCAUCUCGCAAGACAAGGAAAACGCGCCUCCAAGUGGCGGCGUUUGUGCUGCUAUUCAGCCUUUUCUGGCUGGCGCGUACAUUCACCUGUACAGACAUGCAUGACGAGACCGACACCAAAGUACCAGUAGAUGUACACAUCAUGUCCAAGUGCCCGGAUGCGCGGGAUUGUCUGAAGAAGCUCGUCUUGCCCGCCAUGGCGAAUGUGUCGGAUAAGGUAGACUUCCGAUUGAGCAUGAUAGGAAGGCACGUCACAUUCCUAACGGCAGACGACGGCGUCGAGUGCAAACACGGCCAGACCGAAUGCCUAGGCGACAUCGUCAUGCUCUGCGCCGCAUCCGAGUACCCCGAUCUGAAAUUAUACCUUGGCUUCACCAACUGCCUUACCAACGAUUAUUCCGAGAUACCCGCUCGCUCCCUCAUCGAAGACUGCGCGUUGGAACAUGGCCUAGACUUUGGCGUGCUGAACGAUUGCAUGAGCAAGGAGAACGGCGCGUAUGGCAUGGGUCUCCUGAGGGACAGCGUACAGCAUAGUAGCGAUGUAGGCGUGACGACGAGCUGCACCGUGAGACUGGAUAACAAGGUGCGGUGUGUGACCGAUGGGGGCAAGUUUAAGGAUUGCGAGGGUGGAGAGAAGCCCGAGGAUCUGAUUCGGGAUAUUGAGACAUUAUACGAGGAGGCGCAGGGUUGGACAUAUUCUUGA